AUGGCGGAUUUUGAAAGUUCAAAGAAUGGCAACGACCAUGCUCUGUGCGCCAACAACUGUGGGUUUUAUGGAAAUCCGAACAAUCGAAACUUGUGCUCCGUUUGUUAUGCUGCUUUUCUUAAAGAAACCGGGGCAAAAUAUUUUGAACGACAAAAGAGCUCAAAAAGUCAGAUUAAUCUUGAAACGAGACAAUCUUCUUAUUUUGGUGUAUCGGAGAAUCUUGAAACUUGUGAUCACAAUGAUCCAGCGCCACCGAAAACCCAAAAUAGAUGCGAAAUUUGCCAGAAGAAGGUCGGAAUGAUUGGAUUUAGCUGCCAAUGUGGAGGUUGUUUUUGCGGCAAACAUAGGUAUCCUGAAGAGCAUUCGUGCGGCUUUGAUCACAAGGAGGUUGGGCGCAAGAUUUUGGCCAAGCAAAUGGUUGAACGCAAGGCCGAUAAAUUGGAGUUUAGAAUUUAG